CCCGCCUAGGCUCCACGACUGUUAACGGCCAUCACGACUCCCUCCCAGCCAUGUCUAAUGGACUCUCGGAGCCCGGGACGAGUGUCUACUCGUCCGGCUCCAUGUAUGUCGGAGAUGGAACAUGGGACUCGCAGCGCAACACCUUCUUGCUGCCCAAUCUGCAGGGCCUCAACUUCGAGACGAUGCGACUGAAUGGCAUGGGCAAUCGCUUUCGUAGCAUGGCCAGCUACAAGGGCCUCAUCACGGCUCACGGUGUGUUGGCCGUCAUUACGUUCUUAUUCGUAAUCCCUGCUGCCAUAUUCAUGGCCCGUUUCUACCACCCAAACCCGCGCGCCGCACUCAAGUUCCACAUCUGGCUGCAGGUCUCGGCGGUACUCCUCUCUACUGCUGCCAUUGUCUGCGCCUUCCAAGCCGUGGGCCUCGAGAGGUCUCUGACCAACCCGCACCAUGGCAUUGGCGUAGCCUUGUAUACUCUUGUUCUCGUGCAAGCCUUUGGUGGCUCGGUCAUCCAUAGACUCGAGAAAGGCAAGGAGAGAUUCAAAAUCCCCCUCACGCUCAUGAUUCAUCAAUGGUUAGGACGAGCAAUCGCGCUGCUUGGAGUUGCGCAGAUUCCCCUCGGUCUAACGCUCUACGGCUCACCACUUGUCCUGUUUAUACUCUUCGCCGUCUGGACUUUCAUCUUGGUGAUCCUCUACUUUAUCCUUGCCUACAGGGGCCAGCCCCGAAUUGACUUGGACGAUCGCAGCACCUAUAUAAGCGAGCGCUCGUACAGUACCAGGCUAAGUCGCCGAAGCAGGGGUCCUGGAGCCGGAAAGUAUGCUGCAGCAGGAGCAGCAGGGGCCGGGCUAGCUGCACUGGGCUCAAGAUCUCGAAGUCGGACUCGCAGUCGACAUGGCGGAACUGUUCUUAGCUCCCGGCCUGACUCUCGUUCCCGCAGGGGGUCCCGCUCUCGUGUUACUGAUUCUGAGUUUACCGAGUCUUACCUAAGCGACGAAAAGUAUGGCGACGACCGCAAGAAGGGUCCCAGCUGGAAAGACCGUCUCCUAGGAGCUGGGGCCGCUGUUGGAGGUAUUUUUGCUGCCAAAAAGCUAUUCAGUCGAAAGGAAAAGCGUCCUCCGACCGAAACCGGAAGCGAUUUUAGUUACAGCCGUCCUUUGGGCCCUUCCGAAGUCACCCAGACGGAUAUUUCCAGGCUCGAAGAAGGAAGAGCACCUGAAUCUCCAGCACACCGUCGAGACGACUGGCGCCGCGUUGAAGAACGGGAUACCCAAGUGUCCGGAAUGACCGGAAGUAACCUACGAUCAAACCAUCGCCCAACUAGAAGUGUGACAUCGAUAGACUCUUUUGACAGCCGAACAAGCUUCAGCGACGAAACCGACAUGAGGCCCAAGGACCGUUCAUACGGAGUGAAGGAAGGAGUCGCCGCCCUUGGUGUAUUUGGCUUUCUCAAACAUUCUCUGAGCAAACGCAGCAAGAAGAAGGAAGACCAACAUGUAGAGGAAAUGAGAGAGCAGGAUUUGGAAGAGGAACGCAUUGCUCGCAUGAACAGCCAACGCCGCAAGUAUACUGGUGAUGGAACACCUCCACGCAGGGGCGGUAGGCCUCCGUCGACUAUCCUUUCGGACAGCGAGUUGACGGGUAUCACGCCUUCAGUAACACGCCCGCCCAUGGACUCUACCCUCACGCCAUCAGUCAACCCCAACCGGACCCCUCGUACUGGUGUUUACAGUGUUUUGUCAGACUCUGGAUCAGAAGCCUAUGACUCCCCUGGAGGUCGCCGUCACCAACGACGUCGCACUACAGACGGCCCAGUGCUACCACCUGGAGCCGCAGCUGCAGGAACCAUCACCUCCCCAUCCAGGAAAGAUCAUCAUCGGCGCAGAGGCAGCAGAGACGACGUGGCAUCUCCUCCUGUAUCCGUCAAAGUCAAGAUGCACAAUGAUGGGCGCCAUGUUACUUUGCGACGACUCAAUGAAGAGGAGGCAGCAGCGGAGCGGGAGGCAAGAAAGAGGGAUCGCCGAGGCAAGAACCGUGCCGGCAGUGUCAGUUCAUUAAGCGGUAUCGGAGGUGACCGCUGGCGCAGGACCGAAGCCAUGGAAGCAGCACAAGCACAGGAAAUGGCACAGCAAGCUGGCAUACCACCACCUCCACCAAUGCCCAAUUCAGGACCUCUGCGCAUGCCCGAGGCUACGAUUCCCCCAAGUGGAACUCCAGUCUAUGGUCAGGACGGCAAUAUUCCUCCACCGCCACCCAUCCCAGGCGCAGCAGACACUGUCUUGAGCAGUCCUCCUGGUACUCAGAUCCAUGGCACAGAGACAGAUCUGAGCAACUAUGACACUAACAGGCGUCGACGAAGGGCAGAAAGAGCUCAGGCCAAGCAGGCCAGGCUGGGUGGAAGUCGAGUCGAGUUUUCUUAGUUUUGAUGCGUGUGUGUGUUUUUUUAUAAUGACGGGAAAACGUAAGCAAUGAGGACCAUGUAUGUGCGCGCGACCUGCAUUUUUCCCGGCGUCAUGCUGUGGUUGUACUUCACUUUUUUGUUCUUUCUUGAUGAUUUUGCGUGUUGCUCAGUUCAGCGUCAUGUCAAGUUGGAUUCCCC